AUGGAUACAGCGUGGUUGGAAGGGGUAGGGGUGAACCCAGCCCACGUUCAGGUCGUUGGGGGCUUGGUUUGGUCACAGGCUCGGGUGCUUACAGGCUUGGUUCGGCUGCUUCGGGCGCUGCUGAUGCAAGCUGCUUCACUCCCUCUCCCUGCGUCUCCUUGCUCCUCCCCGCAACGCCAAAGUUAUGAUGCUGCUAGUAUAAAUAAAGAUGCUGACGGUGCUGUUGCUUCUGGUGAUGGUGCUGCGGGUGCUGCUUCUGCUGCUGCUGCUGCUGCUACUGUUGCUGCAUCUGUUUACGGGCAGCAGGCAGCACAGGCAGCUGGGGUAAAGAGCGACUCGAAGCAUGCUGCACUGGGAGGAGCACAGGCUCUGCUGCUGCACUGCUGCCAGCAGUGCGUCCUACUCAGCAUUGCGCUUGCUGAGCUGGCGGAUAAGGCUGCUGAUGUCGUCCGGCGGGAUGCUGACGUGUCAGCAAGCGGGUUUGAGUCGCUGUCCGUUGCUGAUGUGGCAGGACGUAGCAAACACCACCCUACCAUGAUUCUCGUCGUUAUCGUCGUCUCGCUCCUCUUGCUCCGCGCAUCGCAGCCGCCCGUUAUGGCGCAGAUUCCCAGCAUGCCAGGCGGGCAGAUCGGCGGCGAGGCGGGUAUCGAGCGCGUCAUGUCUCUUUUCCGCAUAUGGGAGGAGGCGUACGGAUUGAAACCCGACGUCCACUUGCCGCCCGCAAAAAUCACCUUGCCGGCCAUUGUGCCUCGCGCUCCGCACCUGGAGGACUGCGCGGCGCUGACAGCGGCGAGGAGGGAGUCGGAGCGAUGCGGAGGGGACGGGCAGCCCCCUCUGUGGUCUGCGCGGCGUGUUGAGAACUGCUCCUCCGAUUGCACCCCGCAACCACCAUGGGUGCGCGGGUCCGACAGUGACAAUCUACCGCUGACGCGCGUGGCGCAGCGGGAUCUGUGGGAGCACCAGCUGUUCCACGGCAGCUGCGACGGCAAGCGCCUGUUGGUUGUGCCGUGGCCCAACAAGACCCACCACGGCGUGGGGUCGCAGAUACACGUGAUGAGCACAUUUCUCAGCCUCGCCUUGAUUCACAACCGCACACUCGUGCCCGCGCCUGGCUCGUACGACCGUGCCUACACCGAGACAUGCAACUCCACAGGCACGGGCGGGGCAUGGGGUUGCUACUUCUUCCCCAUAGUGAAUCCCGACUGUGAGCGAGUAGUCUCCGAUAUGAUCGCCAACAGCACCAUGCCCCCUCUCUCCUCUGACAAGACGGGGCACAAUCGCCUCGCUGCCUCGGGAGACCCGGUGGUGUAUCUCAACUCCAGCUGCGACAGCCAGAUGAAGUUUGAGGCCCGUGCUGCCACGCUAUGGGGCGAUGCGUAUGCGAGGGCCUCGAAUGUGGUGGAGUAUAUGGGGGAGCAACCACCUGUUGACACAAAACACCCGAUGGUGCACUGGUGGCGAUCGCAGUCAACUCGCUUCAUGCUGCGCUGGCCCUCGCUGCACACAUGCCACGAAACCAACAAGCAGCGCCACACCGCGUACGGCCUCCUCACCGCAUCCCACCUCUCGCGCUACACCGAAACCCAGUCCGAGAUCCUCCGGGCCGUCGCAGGCAACAGCCCAAUCAUCGCGGGUAACGCGUCCGAAACACCCGAAUCCAAGAAACUCGCCGAGAUUUCCGCCGGCCCUCCAGGACCCAUCGAGACCCAAGUGUGGCCUGUCCGGGGGUUUGCGGGGUGUGAUGAAACGUGCAUGGGUGCAGCGGAUGCCAAGGCGAUAAGGGAGACGUACGCAGCGGUGGGAGGGGAGCCGUUUGUGAUGCGGCCGAUCGUGAGCGUGCACGUGCGGCAGAGCGACAAGGGGACAGAGAUGCGUCUGUCGCCGCUCGCCACGCACAUGUUCUUUGCGCACCGGCUGCGGCGCUACGUGCCGGACCUGCGAUAUGUGUGGCUCAACACAGAAAUGGAGGCCUCACGGCCGAAACCGACCCUCACGGCAAGACUGCCUUUGCACGUGUAUCAGAGCGACAAGGGGACAGAGAUGCGUCUGUCGCCGCUCGCCACACACAUGUUCUUUGUGCACCGGCUGCGGCGUCACGUGCCGGACCUGCGAUACGUAUGGCUCAACACAGAAAUGGAGUCUGUGGUAAAGGAAUCAGCCUUGUACGUCGACUGGAAGUUCCUCUACUCCUCCAACUCGCGCCAGCCCGUGGGUUCCAGGUCGGGCCGCGAGUACGAGCUCACGCAGUCGGUCGCAGCGAGUUUCGCGAGUGCGAUCAUCGCGUCGCAGUGCGACUACUUUGUGGGCGCGCUGGGGUCCAACUGGAGUCGAUUAAUUAACGAGCUGCGCUCGACAAAUGGGAGAUUGCUCAGCGGAUUUUAUACUGUCAACACGGGAGACUGCCGCACUCUCUUCUACUGUGUUGCAGCUGCACACCUGCUUGUGGCAACCAUUCGGGAGGGGAGGUGGGCCCGAGUGUGCGUAGCUAGGAAAAGUCACACCUUGGUGGCCCAUUCUGAAUCACCCUAA